AUGGCGGGUGCUACUCUGGAGGAACUGGCUCCUGGGCUAGAAGAAGAAGAGGAUGAAGAAGAGGAGCAAUUGGUCAUGGUGGAAUUAUCAGGAAUUAUAGAUUCAGAGUUUUUAACAAGAUGUGGAAACAAAUGCAAGAUUUUGGGAAUUGACACAGAGAGGCCUAUUCUUCAAGUGGACAGCUAUGUCUUUGCUGGGGAAUAUGAAGAUACUCUUGGGACUUGUGUUGUAUUUGAAGAAAAUCCAGACCAAGUUGACUCAGAAGGUAACCAUAAAACAGAGCUGAAAUAUAAAUGCCACACAAUGAAGAAGCUGAGUAUGACAAGAACACUCCUGACAGAGAAGAAGGAGGGAGAAGAAAAUAUAGGUGGUGUAGAAUGGCUGCAGAUCAAGGACAAUGAUUUUUCAUAUAGACCCAACAUGAUUUGUAGUUUUGCACAGCAAAAGGAAGAUGAGGAAGUUGCAGCUCAAGCCCCAGACAAAACUUUGGAAAUAGAAGACCAGGAAAUACAAACCAAAGAGAAUACAGGCUUGGGCAAUGAACUGGAAAAAUCAGACCACUUGGAAAUAGAGGAUGCUGGGCCUCUUCUUGACAGCCCUUCUUCUGAGACAGAAGAUUCUACUUCUAUGGAAACUCAGGAGCCUACCUUGGAAGCCACUCCUAGGUGACGACA